AUGGACGAGCGUGGUGACUCGAGUAAAACGGCAGGGUCAGAGAACAAGACCGAUGACAAGACCAAGAAGCAGCUCAAGGCCGAGAGCGGUGUCGAAAAGGAGGCCGUCGCCACCGCUGGUCAACACAAGCCUAACCAUAGUAUUCCCUGGAGCGUGGUUGGCUACGCAGCUGUCGUCCCUGUGUUGAUGGCUGCCUACCAAGGGGUCAAGACGCUGUACUCAGGCUCAGCGCAUCCGCCUGCAGCCGCACCAAGUACGAGCAGCCAGGGGAAUCAUAGUAAAGCGGACCAGCCUCCCUUAUCCCCUAUAGUAGCGGGCUCGUCGUCUGGUGUCACCAAUGUUCGCUCCCAUAUUGGGAGAUUCGUCGACUUUGCCUUCGCUGCAAACUCACCAGUGACGAAUAGCCUGGUGAACUUGCUGACUCAUCCUACCACAUCACUAAUAGCAACGUCUUCGUCAGCUGGUUCCACCGAUAACAUUGUACAUUCUGGAAGCCCUUGCGUUGCCUCUUCAGCUGCGAGCAGUCCAAUCACGAACAACCAGGGGAACCAGUUUCAGGUGGAACAGCCUCCCACGUCACCCAUGGUAGCAGGCUCUACUUCUGGUAUCAAUAAUGCUGGGUCCCAUAUUGGGGGUUUUACCUUCAGUGCGAGCCCACCAGUCACGGAUAGCCUGGUGAACACGCUAGCUCACCUUCCCAUAUCACCAAUGGCAACGCCCUCCUCAGCUGGUUUCACCAAUAUUCCUGCCCAUCCUGGAAGCCCCGGCAUUGCCUCUUCAGCUGCGAGCCGUCCAUUCAAGGCCAGCCAGGGGACCCAGACUGAGCUGGACCACCCUGCCACGUCACCUAUGGCAGUGGGCUCUUCUAGUUUCGCCAAUGAUCACUCCCACAUUGGGAGAUUCGUCAGUUCUAGGUUUGCUGUGAACCCGCCUGUGACAAACAGCCUGGCAAACCCUUUGGCCCACCCUCUCCAAUCAACCAUGGCAACGCCCUCAUCAGCUGGUUCCACCAAUUUUUCCCAUACUGGAAGUCCCGGCAUCGCCUCCUCAGCAGCAAGCUGUCCGGCGACGAGCAGCCAGGGUAACCAGAGUGCGGGGAACGACAAGGCUCUCACGUCACCCGAGAAAAAUGCUUCGUCAUUGGAUUCGGCCAACUUUCGUUCCCAGAUUCGUGCGUUUUCGUAUGCAGCCGUCCAGGAGGCCACCGAAAAGAUGAUGCCUCUUCACACUUUCGGGUCACUCAAGACUGUUGAUUCCAAUGAGCCACAAAAGGAGGACGAUGAUGAAAAGCCAAAAAAGAAAAAGAGAAAGAAGAAAAAGGAGGAGCCGGCUAAGCCUAGCAGUCAUCUAAAAGGUGAUGACAGCUAA